AGUUUUUUGUGGUGUUAGCCCCUUAGGUGUGCAUGUUGAUGAAGCGGGGAAGGAGAAAAUUUGGUCUAACCAGUAUGUUGAUCUGUGGUCGCUGGUGUCUGCGGACCAACAUACGAUUGACAAGGAACGCAUGCCCCAGUCGGAAAAAACUUCUCCCUCUAGGACUAAAGUGGCGAAGACCAUGGGCAAUUGGUUACAGGCAUUUGCAGUUUUGGGGUCUAUAAUGGGUGAAAAGCAUCCGGAGCGGUGCUCCGAGCUUUUUAUUUACAUGGACUCGGUGUAUAGUGCUUAUAAGGCUCAUGGGGCUCUGCGUGGUGGCGGUAUGACGAGGAAUUUCGUCGCCGCUUGUCUUUGCAGCCGGAUGUUGGUUGUUGAGUUAAGGCGACCGAUGUUUGGUUGCGUUUGAUGAUGGCUCAGAGGGCGCAGCCCUUUCAGCAGGGAGCCGCUGGUCAAACGGGGACUACCGGGCCGGCGGCCGUGCGUCGACCCGGGGCUUGCUGGUUAUUUAAUGAGGGACAUUGUCGUUUCCUCAGCUUGUGUAAAUACAAGCAUGAGUGUUCUGCAUGCGGGGGGUCUCACGCUGUAGACAGGUGUCAGCGGGCUGCCAAGCAGCCCGGCCGGGCGCCCUCUGUUGCUGAAGGACCCCGGUGAACGUGGACAUGAUGUGCCCGUGGUUAGAUCAGUACCCCAAUAAGGAGGAUGCUUUAGUCUUGUUAGAGGGUUUUCGUCAUGGUUUCUUUAUUCCGUUUAUUUUAGGACAGGUUUCUCCUUCCUACCCUGACAACUUGAAGUCGGCCAGGGAGCACCCUGAGGUGCUACGGGAGAAAAUUGGUAAGGAGGUUUCUUUAGGCCGUUUUGAGGGGCCUUUUAUGUCCCCCCCUUUUUUAUAAUUUGCGGGUGUCCCCCCCUGCGGUUGUCCCUAAGAAGGAGGUCGGGAAGUUUCGCAUGAUUCACCACCUUUCGUAUACGAAAGGUUCCUCGGUGAAUGAUGGUAUUUCUAAAGAGGAUGCAACGGUUUCUUAUGUUUCCUUUGACCGGGUGGUGGCCCUGGUUCGGGGUGUUGGGGAAGGGGCAUUGAUGGCAAAGUCUGACAUUGAAUCGGCUUUUCGCUUGUUGCCAGUGCAUCCGGAAUGCUAUCACUUACUGGGUUGCCGUGUGGAUGGGGCUUUUUAUUAUGAUGUUUGCCUGCCUAUGGGUUGUGCUAUUUCCUGCCGGUAUUUUGAGAUGUUUGGAUCGUUUUUGGAGUGGGUUGUCCGUUUUGAGACAGGCAGCCGUUCGGUUAUUCACUAUCUGGAUGAUUUUUUGUUUGUUGGCCCGGAUGGGUCUCCCAGAUGUGUUUUUUUGUUGGAUACUUUUCGUUUUUUCAUGCAGAAGUUUGGUGUGCCUUUGUCUGCUGAGAAGACGGAAGGCCCUUCCACAGUUAUUUCGUUUUUGCGUAUAGAAAUAGAUUCUGUGGCAAUGGUUUUUAGACUACCGGCAGAGAAGUUGGAGAGUUUGCUCUUAUUGGUUGAAAGUUUUUGUGGUGUGCGAAAAGUGACGCUGCGACAAGUGCAGGUUUUAUUGGGACAUUUGGUUUUUGCUUGCCAUGUCAUGCCCAUGGGUCGUGUUUUUUCUAGGCGAUUGUCAUUGGCCACCAAGGGCGUUUCUUGCCCUUCUCAUCAUAUCCACAUUUCAAAGCAAAUGCGUUCAUAUGUUUUGGUGUGGAGAGAGUUUUUGAGGAAGUAUAAUGGUCACACGUGUUGGUUGGGGGAAGAGUUGUCCAAUGCUGAGCUUCAAUUGUUCACGGAUGCGGCUGGCUCCGUGGGUUUUGGUGCCUUUUUUCAAGGGGAAUGGUGUGCUGAGUUGUGGCCGCCUGAGUGGCUUAUGAUGUGGUAGGCGUGAAGUGUUCCGGGCAGUCUGUAGGUUACGUGCCCGUUUAGGGAUAGGUAGCCCUGACUGUACGGAACGGCAGGGGUUAACAUAGAGCACAGUAUAGUUCCCCCUCCCCCCUGCUUUCCCGGGUUGUAGGAGGGGAAUAAAGGCACGCCCAGGAUAUUAUUAGGUCCACCCCACCCCCUGGUGAUUCCUUUUGUGCUCACCAGCGCUCCUGAGAAGACAGCUUCCCUCCCUCCCUGUUGUUUCAAUUUGUUUGUAUAAUUUUUGUAUUCUUAGCGGCUGUGCACUUUGUUGUGAGGUGCAUGGUUACUUGUUACCCCUUAUAAAAAAAUAAAAAUAAAAAAUAAACAAAAAUAAUAAAUGGUUGUUAAUUUUUCACAUAUAUAUAUACAUGAUGUUUAUAUUACUUUACGGGCACUUUUUACUUUUGCACUUUGUUACUUGGACAGUUACUGUUUGCUGUCUAUUGUUUACUGACUGUAUUUUCUUUGUAUGCAAGUCACAGCUGGCUUGAGGAGAGGAGAUUUGAGAAGUGACGGCCCUAGGCACUUUUGCCCGCCGGGAGUCCGGCGGCUGGCAAUACCGCUUCGGCUGAAGUAGCCAAUCAGAGAGCAGCACUACUCAAAUAGAACUCCCAGGAGGAGCAGCGUGUCACACAUGUGAUGUCAUAACCAUUGUCCACCAGGGAGCAGCACUGAGCAGAAA